AUGCAACAAGGUGGUCAGAGUCUUGUUGAUCGGCUGUUGGCAGCAAAAAACACAAUUGCUGGUCAAGCUCUAGCAAAAACAGUGUGUAAAGCAACAACGGAAGAAAUAAUGGGACCAAAACGCAAGCAUCUUGAUUUUUUAUUACAAGCCACAAAUGAAAUGAAUGUAUCAAUUCCGCAGUUGGCUGAUCUCCUGAUUGAACGAACUCAGAAUUCCAGUUGGGUAGUUUCAUUUAAAUCAUUAGUGACUAUUCAUCAUUUGAUGUGUUUUGGAAAUGAGCGUUUCGAAGCGUACAUGGCAUCGCAUAAUCAUCGUUUACAACCGGCUGUUUAUCUUGAUCGAAUGGGAAUGCCGGGACUGGAUAUGUCGUCAUAUAUUAGACGUUAUGCAAGUUACUUGAAUGCAAAACGUGAAUCAUAUAAACUGAUGGGCUAUGAUUUUUGCAAAGUUAAACGAGGAAAAGAAGAUGGUGUACUACGAACAAUGCCUACAGAAAAAUUGCUAAAAGCAUUGCCAAUCCUCCAGUGUCAACUAGACUCAUUGCUUGAGUUUGAUGUGACGCCCAACGAAUUAACGAAUGGUGUUAUUAAUAGUUGUUUUUUCUUAUUAAUAAAAGAUUUAAUACGCCUUUUUGCAGCGUUUAAUGAUGGAAUGAUUAAUUUACUGGAAAAAUAUUUUGACAUGAAUAAAAAACAGUGUCGCGAAGCAUUGGAUAUUUAUAAAAAAUUUCUUGAUCGGACUGAUAAAGUAUCAAAUUUUUUAAAAGUGGCCGAGACAUCUGGAAUGGAACGAAGCGAAAUUCCUGAUUUAUCACGAGCGCCAAGUAGUUUAUUAGAAGCACUUGAGAAUCAUUUGUCACACUUAGAAGGCAAAAAAAUUACUUCAUCGUCUUCGAUAUCCAGGCAACAAACUGAACUAGAUUUGAAAAAUUUUUCACGUGAUUUCAUCUUUAAUGAUAACGAUGAUCCACAAAAAGUUCUUGAAGAAGAAGCAAAAGCAUUGGCACAAUUUAAUAAAAAUAAAGAACAUUCCUUAUCAUCCUCACCGCCAAAUUCAAAUGGUGGUGAUUUUUUCCAGCAGCAUCAAUCAAAACAACAGACGACAAACGGUCAUCAUCAACAACAGGCAACCGCUUCAUCUUCAGUAACAGAUUUAUUUUCGCUAGCAUCUCCAACAUAUUCUCAACCAUCUCAAACAACAUCUCUCUUUAAUUCGACUCCAUCAACAGUACCUAUGCAACAGUUUUCAUUUCAACCAUUUGCACAACAACAGCAACCAUUUGCACAACAACAGCAACCAUUUGCACAACAACAGCAACCAUUUGCACAACAACAGCAACCAUUUGCACAACAACAGCAGCCAUUUUCACAACAACAGCAACCAUUUUCACAACAACAGCAGCCAUUCAGCGUUCUUGAUGCAGCACCAGCGAGUAAAGUAACGAGUCAACGAAGUAUUCUUAUACAUCGAGAAGAACAAAAAAAAUUUGUUGAAUUUUCCACUCCAGAUAAAAACCUUAUAGGAAGGCCCAGUACUGGGUACGUUGCUGCAAACUUUUUUAAUGAUAUUCUUCAACCAACAAAUGUAGCUUCAACAACGACUCAAGUAAAAUCAAAUGUACCAUUAUUUCCGACUAAUAACGUACCGUCAGCAACAGCAAAUAUAAAACCAUUAAAUUCUGAUCUAAACUCAUCGUUAAGUCAAUUGAUUGAUAAUUUAGAUAUUAAUAAUCGAACCACGGUACUCAAAAAAGAUCAUCAGUGGACAGCUAGUGAUGUUAAAAAUCAACAAAAAAUAGGUGGCUCUAAUUGGAAUUCGAACAUUAUGUCAUCCUAUGCGACACCACCAAUGGCUACAUCACAGCCAGGAGUAUGGAACCAGCCAACACCGAUCUCAACUAAUCCAUUCGCUGCUUCAGUGACGGGACCAAUGAUGGGCGCCCAAUCGAUAAAUACGGGCUUUGGUCCACGACCAAUGGGAAAUACAACAACCUAUCCGAUGUCAUCCACUCAUACGAAUCCGUUUGCUCCACAACCACAAUCAAACAUAUUCGGUAGUUUACCUCAACAACAACCUCAAACAACAAAGCAACAAACAAUUAACGAUCUAUUUGGAUAA